AUGGUUGCUAAUGUUACACAAACUCAUGGAUUAAAGCAUGCUGAUGGUAGUACAAGUGCUAAUGUUAUACCAGUACCAUCAGAUAAACCAAUUGAUCUCAAUGACGACAAAGAGCCUUUACCAAAAAAACCAAAAUUAAAAAAAAAAAAUAAUUGGGGACGUGGUUUUAGCUCAAAUGGUAUAUUUAUAAAAGGACUUAAUUCUUUUGUCAAAGAUAGUUUAAUAUCUGUAAGUUUUGAUAAUUUGGGAGGAGCAAAAAUAAUUUGUAUGAAUGAAUCUUUCGUAGCCACGUAUUCUUGUAGAAUUUGUAAAAUAACUAUUAAAGAAGCUAGAAAAAGUGUUUCAUUAAAUGAAAUUAUGGACACAAGUAUUAUAAGUUCAAGUAUUAAAAGCCAUAAUAAAUACUUUUGUAACCAAGAGUCACCUUAUUAUGAUCCGGACAUUUAUGAGUCACUGUGUAAUAAUGAUGUAAAAUAUGAAAUGAACAUUGAUGGUAAAGCGUUAACUAUUCUUCCAAAAGAUUUAUUCUAUGGUCUCGAGAAUCUUCAACUUGAGAAUUUAGAUAUCAGCUGUAACAAGCUGACGACACUUGAAAAAGAUAUUUUCAAUGCUCUAGAAAAUCUUCGUAGACUACGAAUAAACUCCAAUGAACUAAAAUAUUUAGAGCCGAGUAUUUUCUAUGAGUUAUUACAACUUAAGGAACUUGACCUCAGCAAAAACAAACUGGUAACUUUAUCAAAAGAUAUAUUUAAUGGCCUACAAGAUCUAUGUCGUCUACGUUUAAAUUCAAACCAACUGAGUUACCUUGAGCCAGGUAUUUUCGAUGAUUUAUUGAACCUAAAUGAUCUUGAUGUCAGUGAAAACGACCUCACAACAUUAUCAAAAGAUGUAUUCAGUAGUUUAAAAGAGCUUCAUCAUCUUAAUUUAUAUUCGAAUAAACUGAAUAAUCUUGAGUCAGGUUGUUUCAAUGGCUUAUCACAACUUCUCGAGCUUGAUAUAAGCAAAAACAAUUUGAUAAAUUUGUCCAGAGAUGUAUUAAAUAGUCUUGAAAAUCUUAAGAACUUAGAUUUAAAUUCAAACACUUUAAGCAAUCUUGAGUCAGAUGUUUUCGGUAAUUUGUCAAAACUUGAAAAGCUUAAUAUCCGCAAUAACAGUUUGACAACAUUAUCGACAAAUAUAUUCAAUGGUCUCGAUAAUCUUUGUUACCUACAUUUACAAUCGAACAAACUAGAUAAUCUUGAGUCAGGUAUUUUUAAUGAUUUAUCGGAACUCAAGGAACUUUAUAUCAAUGAAAACAAAUUGACAACUUUAUCAAAAGAUAUAUUCAAUGAUGUACAAAAGCUCCGUAUACUAUAUUUAAAAUCGAAUGAACUACAGAACGUUGAGUCAGGUUGUUUCAAUGAUUUAUUACAACUUCAUACACUUAAUAUUAGCGGAAACAAACUGACAACUUUAUCAAAAGAUAUAUUCAAUGAUCUACAAAAACUCUGUAUACUAAAUUUAAAUUCAAAUGAUCUACAAAACCUUGAGUCAGGUUGUUUCAAUAAUUUAUCAAAACUUCAUAUACUUAAUAUUAGCGAAAACAAAUUGGCAACUUUAGCAAAAGAUAUAUUCAACGAUCUACAAAAUCUCUGCAUCCUACAUUUAAAUUCAAAUAAACUACAUAACCUUGAAUCAGGUAUUUUCAAUAAUUUAUUACAACUUCAGGAACUUAAUCUUAGUGGAAACAAACUGGUAACUUUACCAAACGAUAUAUUUAACGGUCUACAAGAUGUAUGUGUUAAACGUUUAAAUUCAAAGCAACCGAUCGGUUGUCAAUGUCAAUGUCAAUCGAUUGACAUUGAGUCAGAUUUAAUAAAAAAAAUGGGACCUUUAAUAUUUUACGAUACAGCAAGAUUUGAAAGCAAACACCAAACAUUAAAGAAUAUAACAUCAUCGACUAAAAACCGUAUUAAUCCUCCAUUAACAAUAACACGUAAAUAUUCGAUUCAACUGUCACAAGAAUUCCAAGCUCAAACACAUUUUUCUGAUAGAUUAACAUGGGGUCCAACAAUACAUGAAAAUUUGACUCAAUCGGAGAAAUUCAAUAUGUUAAAACAAUUUAUAUCACCUGAAGACGCCAACAAAACAUUUUUAACCAAAUGGGUUAAUAUACAUGGUGCUUACUAUGAAAAAGGUUUAUGUAUUGACUUGAAAGAUAUUGCGAAGAAGAGGAUAUAG